AUGGCAACAAAACCUAAUGGUGGUGGUGUUGGAAAGGAGAAGAAAACUACCACAUCUUCACAUUCUUCUCAAAUCUCAAGCACAACAAAAAGAACCCCAAUAAAAGCAACAACCACCUCUAAAGAAAAGUCAACAACAACCUCAGAUAAAAAUGGCCCAAACAGCCUCAAAUCCAAAGGUACUCAAACUCCAAAACUCACAGUAAAGCCCAAUAAUGACCCUUCUUCCAAUAACAUUAAUAGCAAGCCCAUUAGAAGAAGUUCUUUUGAUAAGCCCAUUCCACCAUCUGAGGCCCAACUCAAGAAACAACCUUCUCCUUCGAGACAACAACUUGUUUCCCCAGGCCCAAGAGACAGGCCCAUAUCAGUUAAAAAGUCCAUUGGGCCUGUUAAGAGUAUCACUAAUAUUACCACUUCUAAGUCCAGGCCCAUUACUAGUAGUAAUGUUAAGGAAGCAACAAAAACUAGUGUUGGUGGUGGUGUUAAAAGUGUUGCCAAGAAAAGUGUCUCUUCAACUUCUUUAACAAAUACUAAGAAGGUUGUUGGCUCAACAAAGGUUGCAAAGAGUAGUUCUUCAACAAAGAAGGAUGAUAUUGAAUUUUAUGAUGAUCAAAAUGACUAUGAUCUUGUUCUUGAUCAUGACAAUUAUCAUGAUCACAAGGUCGAAGAAUAUGACGAUCAAGAGAAAAUAGAAGAAAAAGAACACGAAGAAAAAAAAGAUAAAGAAGAAGAGAAAAUAGAAGAGAAUGAGGACGAUAAAAAAAAUGAAGAUGGUGAUAAUGAGAAAAUCAUCGCAACCACAAAUCAAGAAGAAAGUAACAACAACUACUUAGAACUUAAUCAUUCAACAGCAGAAGAAGCAAAAAUUGAUGAAAUCAAAGAAGAAGAAAAGCAAAAUGCUGAAGAGCCAGUAAUAAAAGUGGAAGAUAACAAGGUGAAGGAACCAGAAAGCAAUAAUAAUGAAAAUCAAGCAACACAACAAGAAGAAGAACAUCAUCAACUCAAAGAAGAGAACAAAGAGAAGGAAAAGGUGGAAGUAUCACCUUCGCCAUUGCCAUCGUCUUCACCAUCACUACCACCAUCAUCAUCACAAGGUGUAAUGAUGCAUGGGAAAAGAGAGGCUCAAGUAUCAAAUGGGGUGAUUGAAGAGACAGCAAGCAAGCUUUUGGAAGCAAGAAAGAACAGAGUGAGAGCAUUGGCGGGUGCUUUUCAGAGUGUCAUUGACUAUCAAUCCAAAUGAUGAAUUCAAUCAAAUCCACUUCCAAUUUCUGUGUUUUGACAUCUUUUAAUUUAUAUACCAUACUGAGG